GUUUACGGAAACGUUUUUACGUCAGCGCGCGUGCAGCAGCGGCGGCGGCAGUUAUCUCCUCUCUCCUGCCCGCUACGUGAGGCUCUGCAUGCUCGCUGCCAGAGGGAACAGCCGCCGGGGAGACGAGGCGGAGGGGCAGCGCGUCGUUUUCCGCCCUGAAAAAGCAACUUUUCUCCGGAAGCUGCGCGUCGAGCGAUGAGGGCCGCCGAGUGUCUCCAUGACGGAGAAGUAGGAGGAGGUCAGGGCUUCGUUUGGGCGAUCUGACGCUGCGCAGUCUGAGCUGUGUACGUCUGUGGACGUAAAGAAAACGGUGCCUUUUUGUGGCCACGCAUGCUCCACAGGGUGGGGAGCUGAUCCGAGGAAAUAUGAUUUUCAGGAAUAUUCAGGCGAGAACUUGCAGAGCAUGGCUGUCUUUGGUUUCCCCGAGGCAGGAGCCGUGUUUCUACUCCACGGUGCCCCCGCAGCCGGUGCCCCCGCUGACCCAGACCCUGCAGGGCUAUCUGAGGGCGCUGGAGCCCCUUCUGCCCCCGGAGGAGCUCAACCACACCCGCAGGAUGGUGCAGGAGUUCGGGAGGCCCGGGGGCCUGGGACAGCAGCUGCAGGAGGGGCUGGAGAGGAGAGCCAGGCUCACCAAGAACUGGGUCUCGGACCUGUGGGUCCGGUGGGCGUACCUGGAGAGCAGGCAGCCCCUGGCGGUCCACUCCAACCCGGCCAUCUCUCUGCCCCGCAGGGACUACAACGACUGGAGGAGCCAGCUGCUGUUUGCAUCUAAAUUGAUAGCAGCUGUUUUGGACUUCAGAGCCAAAAUGAACAAUGGGCAGCUGCCGGUGGAGUUCAUGCGAGGGAAGCCUCUGUGCAUGGAGCUGUACCCGCUCCUCUUCUCCUCCAGCAGGAUUCCCGGACCCAAACACGACUACGUCGCUCACUACAGCAACUCCCGACGCUCGCCGACCCACAUCACUGUGGUCAGGAACUACCAGUUCUUCCAGCUGGAGGUUUACAACAGCGACGGCUCGCGGAUGACCGAGAGUCAGAUUCACAGUCAGCUGCACAGAAUCAGGUCUCAGUCCUGGAAGACGGACAAGGAGCCCAUGGGCAUCCUGACCAGCGAGCACCGCCACACCUGGGGCGAGGCGUACAACCGGCUGCUGAAAGACAAACUGAACCAGGAGUCGGUCCGGAUGAUUGAGACGGGUCUUUUCUUGCUGUGCUUGGAUUCUCCCGUCAUGAGAAUAUCAGAUGAGAAGUACGCCAGCCGUAAGGCGGCUCAGAUUCUGCAUGGAGGCGGGACGUACUCCAACAGCGGCAACCGUUGGUUUGACAAAACACUGCAGUUUGUGGUGGGCGAGGACGGAUCAUGGGGCCUCCUGUACGAACAGGCCACAGCUGAGGGCCCGCCCAUAGCCAACCUGCUGCACCAUAUACAGGAGUACUGUGAGAAGCCCGACCCAAAGAGGGCGCCGCUCGUUCCCCUGCCGAUGCCCAAGAAGCUCUACUUCCACAUCGACCUGGACAUCAAGAGGGACAUCGAGCAGGCCAAGCAGAACCUCGACAUUCUGAUCAACGACCUCGACGUCCACGUCUUCAACUUCAAGAGGUUCGGCAAAGAGCUUCCCAAGAAGCACAACUUGAGUCCGAACUCCUUCAUCCAGGUGGCUCUGCAGCUGUCCUACUACAGAGUUCACAGCGAGGUUUGUCCUGCCUGCGACAUCGCCUCACAGAGGAUGUUCCGAGGAGGACGGACCGAGUACAUCCGCUCGCCCACAAACCAGACGCUCAAGUUCAUCCUGGCCUUCGACGAUCAGACCGUAUCGAGAGAAGCGAAGCUGGAGCUGCUCAGAGAAGCAGUGGAUGCAUACUCAGAGCUGACCGCGCAGGCUCUGAGAGGACACGGCAUCGACCGCCACCUGCUGGGGCUCAAGCUGCAGGCCAUCGAGGAAGGACUCAGCAUUCCCAAAAUCUUCAUGGACACGGCUUACGGCCUGGCCACGCACUGGAAGCUGCGCACAGGACAGGUUCCCGCCAACACCGACAGCGUGAUGUGUUUCGGGCCGCUCGUGCCCGACGGUUACGCCGUGUGCUACAACCCGCAGGCGGACCACGUCCACUUCGCCGUCACCGCCUUCAACUGCUGCGAGGAGACCAACGCAGAGACAAUGGCUCGCACGCUAAAGGAAACGCUGUGCGACCUGCAGGAGCUGCUGCAGCCUACCGUGUAGAGCUGCUGCAGCAACAAACACGAUAAACCCUCCUUCCAAUAAGGGAAACUUUCUAAAUGUUUUCUACGAGGCUUAUAUCUCAGUUACGCUUGUCGUUACUCUUCCAUUGGAGCUGAAGGCUGAACUCUGCGGCUCUGCUGUGCUUUUGAUAAUUUUUUUUACUGCUGAUCUUUCUCUCUUUCAGUACGAAACUCUGACUAAACGCUGGUUUCAAUGUGAAAGCCAAAACAAGCUACCUGACACUCCAGCAUUAACCAAAGCAUCAAAUCACUGCACUCCUCUUUUUACGAGUUGUUAGACAACCACCGGCCUUCCUGGUACGUUCCACCUUAAAACUACCGUUUGCACCGUCAGCACAGUUAAUUUGAUUUUUGUAGGUUUAGUGGCCUUUAAAAAUGGACCAAAGGAGGUUAUUAUAAAUGAAAUGAAGGUUUCCUUUGCAUCUGAGGGGGAGAAAAAUACACAGAACCUGUAACACGGAGCAGGAUGUGCAUCUUCUUGGGAGAAAAUUGAUGGUAAAACCUUUACAAAUGUGACUUUACAUUUGUGUCUUCAUCCGUUUCCGUUUUAGACUUUAAUUAUGGCUCUGACUGUAGAUAUGAGCAAGUGAAGGCGAGCAGCUAUUUUCUUACCGCCAUUUUCUGCCUUGCUUGGAAGUUUAUGUUCUCAUGUCUUUCCUAAUUGGAAGAGUAAGUAAUAGAUGGGCUUCUGUGCCCAAGUCCUGGAUUACCAACUAAAUGUUCCUAGAAGUUCUGAUGAAGUAGAUACGGAAAUGCUUGUUUUUGUAGGAAUUGUUCCAUUUCACAACCUGGAUUGAUUCUCUGAUGUGAUAACUAGCAUAACAAUGGUAUUAAAAGUAAUUUCCAUUGUUGGGAUGAAUUAACUUCAAUUUGUGAAUGUGGCUGUAAUUUACAUGCUGAGGUUUCCCCACUCUGAUGGCUCUGCAGGCGUUUGCUUCAACCUGCAGGACUCCUUAACAAAUAAAGAGUGUGAUCAUUUGA